AAGUGCGCGUGCGCAUGCGUCCGCGUCACAUGAGAGGCUGUGGUUAGGUCCUGGUAUCAUCGAUAUAUCGGUAGUGACUCUCCCCUGUGGAGUGAGCCAGCAUGGCCUCUGCCCCAGCACAGCAACCCACACUCACUGUAGAGCAGGCGAGAGGUGUUCUUACUGAGGUGAUCCAGGCCUUCUCCGUGCCUGAGAACGCAGCCCGCAUGGAGGAAGCCAGAGAGAGCGCCUGCAACGACAUGGGCAAGAUGCUGCAGCUUGUGCUUCCUGUGGCCACUCAGAUCCAACAGGAAGUCAUCAAAGCAUACGGCUUCAACAAUGAAGGAGAAGGUGUUCUCAGAUUCGCCCGGCUGGUGAAGAUGUAUGAAACUCAGGACCCAGAGAUCGCAGCCAUGUCAGUGAAACUCAAGAGUCUCCUGCUGCCACCGCUCUCCACUCCUCCUAUUGGCGGUGUCGUCCCGACCUCAUAGAACCACGCAAAGUCCCAGUUCAUAAAGUUCAAAACCGGUUCAACCGGUAAAAAUUGUCUAGUGCAAACACAUUCAGGAUUUUCCAUUUGAGUCAGUUUUAACAUUUCUUUCAAGGGUGAUUUAAACUGGGAUGAAGUACAAAUUGCACCACAGAAAGAUACUGAAUAAAAAGAAAACAAGUUAUUGGUGAACUUAUUCCCAUUUUUUUGUCAGCGAAGCUAGGAUUCAAACCAUGGUCUUGCUCACAUAUUUAUAUUUUGUAUUCUUAUUCAUUUUGCCAUAUUGAAUGUGCAUAUUUGUCAAGCGUAACACUAAUUUGUUGAUGCCUUUUGUUUGUUUUUAAAGCUUUGUAUACAGUUUGUGUUGAUUAUAGUCUCAUGUGGUCAAUAUGAUCAUAAAUGAUAACCUGUGACAUUGUUCUUGUGAACAUUACUGUUUGAAAAACCAGUGAAACAGUGUUCACCAAUAAAGUGAUUUUUUUUCCUUGGUGGAAAGGUGUUUGUUAUCACUAAAUGACUACUUUUA